CUCUUUGGGGUCAGGGUUAGUUGCUGUAUUUGACUGUUACAUAGGCGAAGAAGGCAGAGAUAAAGUCAGGGCUGUAGCUUCCUUUCUCCCUGGCACGCUCCCGGGUGGCGGUGGGUUCGGGCGAUGGCUAGGCGGAGGCCUGCACCCCAAGCUCGCUCUGCACCCCUAUCCCGGGGCCGGGAAGCCGCGCCCACCCUGGUGAAAUUUCCAGAGGCCGGGUCAGGCCCGGCUGAACUCUGCAGGGCUGGGCCCGCCGGCGGAGGUCGACCUUAAAGAACCCGGGAAUUCGGCGCCGAGCCCCAGCGGCUUACCCGCAGCUAUUUCUGUAUCUAAGCCAAGGUCACUCUUUAAGUCGGUCCCUGCGAGCUGGGCGUCGCGAGGCCUGAUGCAGGCGAGGAUGGCAUUCCCUGUGGAUUUGCUGGAUAAUUGCACACAUGAGGAACUGGAAAAUUCUGCUGAGGAUUACCUCUCUGAUUUAAGGUGUGGGGACCCUGAAAAUCCAGAAUGUUUUUCUCUUCUCAAUAUUACGAUUCCUAUUAGCCUGUCAAAUGUAGGCUUUAUACCUCUUUAUGGUGGAGAUCAGACCCAGAGAAUUCUUGCUCUUUUUGCACCCGAGGAUUCACUCACAGCUGUGGCACUUUACCUUGCUGAUCAGUGGUGGACUAUUGAUGACAUUGUGAAAACAUCUGUCUCUUCUAGAGAGGGGCUGAAGCAGGUGAGCACUCUUGGGGAAAGAGUGGUUCUGUAUGUUCUCAAUCGAAUUAUUUAUAGAAAACAGGAAAUGGAGAGAAAUGAGAUUCCAUUCCUGUGUCAUAGCAGUACUGAUUAUGCUAAGAUUCUGUGGAAGAAAGGAGAGGCCAUUGGGUUUUAUUCAGUUAAGCCUACAGGAAGCUCAUGUGCCUCAUUUCUUACCCAAAGUUACCAACUGCCAGUUCUUGAUUCAAUGUUUAUAAGAAAGAAACACAGAGGCAAAGAUUGGGGGCUUCAGAUGCUAGAGGACUUUGUUGAUUCCUUUACAGAAGAUGCACUUGGCCUGCGGUACCCACUGUCUUCUCUCAUGUACACAGCUUCCAGGCAGUACUUUGAAAAGUAUCCAGGAGAUCAUGAGCUCCUUUGGGAAGUUGAAGGUGUAGGCCAUUGGCACCAGCGAACACCAGUCACCAGAGCAUUACAGCGAGAAGCACUUAAAAUGACAGAGGUUUCUCACCAUGAAGCCAAAAGAUCUGGGUCUGGGGACUGUGGUCUUGCUACUGUGCCAGAAUAUGAACCUGGAAUGGAAGACAAUCAGUCUAGUGAGAUGCAGAUUGAUUCCCUAAAAGAUGCCUUUGCCAGCACUUCUGAAGGUCCUGAAAAGACACCUGUUUCCACUCGUACCCGAAGUAGUCAUCUCAAGCGACCAAAGAUUGGAAAGCGGUUUCAGGAUUCUGAAUUUAGCAGUCCUCAGGGUGAAGAUGAAAACACUGCCCAGACUUUAUCUGUUGCUUCCGUAAACAAAUUAGAGUUUACUGCACGCACAUCAGAGAGCUCAGAAGAAUUCCCAGAAGAAGAGCCUGAGCAGAGAGCUGAAUUUGAAGAUGAAAGCAGUGAUAAAGAUAUUCAGCCUUCACCAGAAACUCAGCCUCGCCUGGAGAAACAAGAUGGUGGAAAAGACUCUGAAUUGGAGCCUGUGAAUGGUGAGGUAGUGAAUGAUACUCUUAAGACUUCACUUAUAACUGAACUGGAAGACUCUGCCAGUGAAGGUUUAGAAGAACAAAUGAAAGCGCAAUCUGUUAAUUCCAGUGAAGACAAUGUCAAUCUUGUCCCACUAGUAGCAGAACCUUCAAAAACCCCUGAGGCUACACCUAAGAUCCCACAUGUAACUGACUCCGAAAUGCCAGACCAAGGCCCAUCUGAUGAUAAAGGACACAAUGAAGAAAAGCUGUCCCUAGUUUCAAAAAAGAAAGUACAUUCUGGGAGCUCAGACAAUGCUGCCAUUGUCACAAAUGAAGAAAGAUCUGACAGUGCUUUUCCAAACUCUCUGGUAGCAGAAUUUCCUGAAGAACCAGUCUCUGAGAAUUUAUCACCCAAUACUACUUCCUCACUGGAAGAUCAGAGUGAGGAGGGGGUACCCGAGCCCCAGGAAACACCUGCUGCUCUUCCUCAGAGUCCUCUGAUAGAGGUGGAACUUGAAGAUGUGCCAUUUUCACAGAAUGCAGGACAGAAGAACCAGUCAGAGGAGCAGUCUGAAGCAUCUUCUGAGCAACUAGAUCAGUUUACACAGUCAGCAGAGAAAGCUGUGGAUAGCAGCUCAGAGGAGAUAGAAGUGGAAGUGCCUGUGGUAGACAGGCGGAAUUUAAGAAGAAAGGCCAAAGGGCAUAAAGGACCUGCCAAGAAGAAAGCCAAGCUGACAUGAACGAAGAAUGUGUAUGAUAAAUCCUCUUCUUUGUAACAUAGGUGUUUUUUAAACAUGGUAAUUAAUAAACAGCAUGGGGCACAGGACAAAUUCCAGUUUGAACUUAUUUACAGUGCAGGUUUUCUCUUUAGGAACUAGGGUUCGCCAUUCUUUUUAAUUUUUCAGGCUAUUUUCCGUAAGUAAUAAUACCUUAUUUUUAUGAACCACGUUUCAAUUUUGGGAAUCGAGGUUCAAUUAUAUUUUUCUUUAGCAGGUAGAACAUCUAACCAUUAAAAUUUUAAAUAGAAAUUUUAAAACUCCAAAAGUAGUAGGCUUUCAAUGCUUGCAAGGACCACAGAAAUCUUUUCUACUAAGGGUUUUAAUAGUCAAACUUGGUGAGGAUUCUAGAAGUUUUCUUAGGUAUCAAAACUGAUUGCCAUUUUUUAAAAUGUAUGCAUACCUAAACAAAAAUAAGUAUCAGUAAAUAUUACAAGUAAUGAGAGCACAAAAACAGAAUUUUAUGGUCAGUGGUUUAUGAAGAUUAUUUUGGUUUCUACCUCUUAAUGUUAGUCGUAGAUGCAGGCUCUUCAUCUGUGGGAAAGGACACACACAGUCUAGAUUUCUGACUCUGAUCUGAUAUUAACAGUAGUGUUGAGGAUUUAACUGGCACUGGGCACAUAAUUUAAAAUUCCACGUGAAUUAUUAGUUUGCUGCAAUUUUUAUAAUUCACUGUAUAAUCAUAGAUGCUGGCAAGCUUAAGGGGUACACUUUCAUCUUUAAUCUGGUAAACAUCCCAAGUAAUGGAAUUCAGAAUAUACUAAUUUGGACUGUGUUCUUGAUCACAUAUACACUUUUAUUCCUACUCAGUAUCUAUAUUGCAGAAGUUAGGCCCCUUCAUAAGCCUCCUUAAUCCCUCCAGUGCUGAAGUGUUUUACUUCCCUCUAGCUUUCAUCUGCCCCUCUCCAACUCACCAUCAUUCUCCUUUUAAGAAAAGACCUGCCAUCUAACUUGCCAGUUUAUGCCCUUGUGUUCAUUUUGGAGUAGGUUUAGAACUGUACUCUGCCAUCUUUAGAUGCUGUAUGAAAUGUCAUGUAAGAACUUAAGUCUGAUGGUUUCAGGUGUCCGUUUGGUCUGUAUACUCUAGAUGUAUUCUCAGACUAUUGGUUGCAAGCUAGCCUCAUACUUUGUGGCCAUCAUACACACAUUUGUUUGCCUAGGAAAAUGUGGAGAGGGGGAAAAAAUCCUAAACUGUUCAUUGUCUGUAUUAGUUUGUUUUAAAAUGAACAAAAUGGUUGUUAUUAGAAUCCAAAGAGAAUCUCAAAGCCAGUCCUACUUCGGAAAUAUUCUCUGCAUUUUGAUUUGUACUUGAGACUGUUCUGAGACUACUUAGAUUUGUUUUUGAAACUGUUUUGAACCUUACGAGAAAGAACUAUGGAUUUAUGUUGUUUAAAGUCUUCAGCCAGGUGGUCUGUGAUGUCAUGUCAUUACAUUUUAUUUGGUGAGACUGGUAUUUUAGAAAAACCUAAUUUGUUAAAAUCUUUAAGCAGAUAAAACAGUAAACCCUCCUAUGAGAUUAAAACUCACAAUUCCCUUGAAUUUUGGGUCAAAAGAAGUUAGAUUAUUUCAUCCUAAGUAAAAAUGAAAGCACAUUGACUACUGUCCUCAAAAAAAAAAAAAUGCUGUUAAUAAGUGAAAGGAUAUAUAGGAUUAAUUCUGGUGAAGUUGCCAGAUGUUGAUGUUGUUAAUAACACAAGGAAGGAACUAACUGAAGAUUCUAUUAAGAUUCAGAAAAUCAAAUUACCCUUUUCACUUAGUAUACAUUUAAAAUCUUUUAGGUAUUUUGCCUUUUAACUUUUUUAUUUUUUUCUAAUUUUAUGUGUGUGUGUGUGCAUUGCCUGCAUGUAGGUAAGUGCCCAUUUUGCUCUUUUUUAGGAGUAGCUUAUUUACGUUCUUUUUAAAUUACAUUCUUUAAAUGAGUUUUUAAUUGAAAAGACGGCACUCAGUGGCAGCUCAAGAUGUGAAUAGUCUUUUGAGUUAAAGUAUUACUGAGGAUUAACAGUAUAAACUUAUACUUAUUAAACUUGUUUGGUGUACACAGGAAUUUUAAGUAAUUUCAAAACAUUUUGUUCAGCACAAAAGAAAACUCAUUACUUAUUGUCUGUGACAGAAGUUAUUUUUGGAUUUUUAGAUCAUAGAGGAAAACAAACUAGGUCACACAGAAAAAUCCAACUUUCAUAUUCGGUAACAUAAGUUGAUCACAUAAAUUUUCUAACAAAAUUUAUCCUUAGUUGGUAUCCAAAUAAACCUAAUCAGAUAGUUUUUGUAAGGCAUUAGAAAAGCAUUCAGGAUCAGAGGACUGCAGUGAUUCCAACCAACUUGCUGUUCUAAUUCAAUCACAUUCUACAUAGUCCUUUGUGAACAAGUAUUUUCUGUCUAGGAGUCAUGUCUGUGGAGGAGGCAGCUCACUUCUUGUGUAUAUACCUGUAUAUUUUCUUAUGUAAUAUAAAGCAGGUGGUAAUUAGCAAAGUUUUAGUUCUACUACCAAGUUAAUUACUAAACCUCACAAAAAUUAAGAAUUUUAUUGUAAAGCUCCUUCACAACUUUUAAAGAUGAAAGAGGUUCUGUCAUAAUUUUUUAUGAAAUCAAGUAGCAUGACUUAGAAUAUCAUCAGUCUUCUAUUUAAAGAUGUCAUGUUUUCAUUGGUUCAGACAAAAGUGAAGAGAAUACCAUCUACCCAUUAAUUGUGUACUUUUAACAGAGUACCAGAAUGUCACCAAAAAUGGUUUGUGACUUGAGUAAUAUACCCUGAAAGUUCAUGAUCACAUCAAAUUAAGCCUCUUCUACCAACUACUGUGUGCUUCUAUGUUCUUUUUCCUUUGGGAUUACCGUCUAAGGUUUGGUCACACCAGCAAACUGAAACAGAUUUUAAUGUAAAUAAAGAAGUUUACUAACAUUAUUCAUCUAUGUAACAGUAUUUUAGAAAGGAGUUUCUGACUUUUAUGUCCACUAGUAGCAAGCAAUAUGGUGUUUCUGGUGUGAUCCAGUCUUUAAUGUGUGGUUUGUUAAAGGCAUCAUGCUUGUUUUCAUACUUAGUAUGAAGCUUUUUUGGCACAAGAUAGUUUUCUUUUUAGUUGUAAAAAAUAAGCAGACAUAUUUCAGUACCCACUGGCUAAUUGAAGUCAGAAAUUUUCCUUUCACCGUCUGUAACUAAAGCUAAUAAAACCAUACAUUAGCCAUUUUUAUCCCUAGUGGCAAAAUGUUAAGAUCUAAUUGUAAGAAAGGUUCAGUUUUUUCUGAAAUUAUUGUAUUGGAUGGUCAUUCCCAAGGAACCAACCUCCCUCUUCCUAAGUAUCUACAUGUGUUCUAAAACUUCCAUUGUUUAUAAAACCUAGGAAAAAAUGUUAAAGUAUUCAGAGUAUCCAGUCUUUACUAAAGAACCCAAGGUUUGUUUACUUGGUAGUUUUUUUUUUAAACAUUUAAAAGUAGUAAUUAAACCUCUAUUUUGUGACUGUUUUCUGAUCUGUUUUAAAUUCUUUUCUUCCAAUUUCAUUCCAAUACUGUGUUAGACAUUGAAUGAUUCUGUUAAAGGCACAACUAAUCACAUUGACUGUAGUUUGAAGACAGACUUAAAAAAAAAAUAAACAAUUUAAAGCAAUGUGGUGAUUAUAGAUUAAUGUAAUAUACUGACAUUUUCUAAAGCUCAAAGCCAUGACUAUAUGAUCCAUUAUCACAAAAGAGCUUUAAGUUACAACUCCCAAAUAUGACCUUUUAAUCUAAGUAACUGCAAAUUUCUCUUCAGAGCACUGGUGCAGAUUCUAGAAUUAUGUAAACCAAUUUUUUUAUGUCAUUAUGAAAGUGCAAAUGUACUCUUCUAUAUUUACAACAUAGGAAAAGCUAAAUAUAUUUGAGUUCACUGACACUGCAGAAAGGAUUAAUUACAAGUGAAAAAAUGUUAAAGAGUGCUGAAAUUUCAGUCUAACAUACUUUCUCUCAGAUACUUUUAGUGUACAUUAUAAACUUGUAGCAUGUUAAUGCUACAUUUUUUUAGGAUUAAUGGCAGUGAGGUGGAAAAUAUUUCAGCAAAUUUCGUAGCCUACCCUGGAAUUGUGCAUUAACCUUUACGAGUAUGUUCAACUACUACUGGUAG